UCAGUUUGACCCUCCCCGGCAGCCGUUAGGAGGAGCACGCGUUGCCGUAGCAACGGGAAAGCUAGCAGGCAGCAGUAGCUGUAGCUAGAGGGUUUCCUUCUGGGUUUGAAUCUCUUUUUGAAGCUAAAGAGGACACAGUUCUGAGGUUUUAGACCCGGGGCCGUCAUGGCUGUGAGUAACCCGUCUGUGUUCCUGCUCACAGUGAACGGACAGAUCGAGGGAGCGACUUUUCCAGAGUUUGAUAACCUGUACUGUAAAUACUGCUUUGUCUACGGACACGACUGGGCUCCCACCUCUGGAUUAGAAGAAGGCAUCACUCAGAUUACAUGUAAAGGGAUUCAGUCCUCACACAGAUUAAUCUGGAACUUUCCACUGGAGACGACUUUCAAGAGCACCAACCCUUCAGGAUGGCCUCAGCUGGUGGUGAGCGUGUACGGUCCAGAUGUGUUCGGUAACGACGUGGUGAGAGGCUACGGAGCGACGCACAUCCCCUUCACACCCGGACAACACACACGAACCAUCCCCAUGUUCGUCCCUGAGCCCACGUGGAGGCUGCAGAAAUUCACGAGCUGGCUGUUAGGACGGCGGCCCGAGUACACAGACCCCAAAGUCGUGGCCCAGGGGGAAGGCCGAGAAGUGACGCGCGUUCGCUCCCAAGGCUUCGUCACCGUCUCCUUUCACAUCAUAACGAAGGACAUGAAGAAACUGGGGUACGACACCGGACCAUCUGGACCUGCAAACACACAACCCUCCACACCGGGCUGGGCCACAGAGGAACAAUGAGAGAGAGGGACGAGGACUGUUUCAGACACUAACCGCCAUGAAGGACGCUGAAACAGGCAGGAAGUAGUGUUUGUGUUUGAGAUUAUUUGUGAGAUUUUAAUAGAUUAUUUAAAACAGCAGUUCCAGAUGUUUCCCUUUGUUCCUGAUAAUGUUUUCUAAUCUGUCAUUUUGUACUUUUUUAAAUAAAACCCAGCUCCACACAGCG